AUGUCGUCGCCGGAGAUGGCCAUUAAAGCGCUUUACAGCUACCAAUCGCAGAGCCCUAAGGAGCUCUCUUUUCUGGAGGGAGAGUUCUUUUAUGUGGUUAGGGAAGAAACGGAGUGGUUCCAUGCAUCUAAUCCUUCGACGGGCAAACAGGGAAUGGUGCCAAAAAGUUACUUUGAAGUUAUCGAUAAGACAAGACCACGUUCUUCGAAUGCAAGCUUGCUGAGCCGACGUAGCAGCCAUGGCCAAUCCAAGAUGGGCUCGCUUUACGCGAUUGUUCUCUAUGACUUUCAAGCUGAAAAGUCCGAUGAACUGACGGCUUACGCCGGCGAAAACCUGUUCAUCUGCGCGCAUCACAAUUACGAAUGGUUUAUCGCAAAGCCCAUAGGCAGAUUGGGCGGGCCGGGACUGGUGCCGGUCGCGUUUGUCAGUAUCGUUGACAUAGCGACCGGUUAUGCGACUGGUGACGACGUUAGGGACGAUAUAAACGCAGUGAAUAUGCCAACUGUACAGGAAUGGAAGGGGAACAUCGCCAAAUAUAAGGCUAGCAAUAUAAGUCUGGGUUCUGUCGAACACCAUCCUGCGAUAGCCCCUUCCACACAACACUCAUCGACAAUAUUCGAGUCCGGGAUUAUAACAAAGGCAUCCGUUGAUAAUUUUGGCUUGGAGGACGAAAAGUACUGGUUUGAAGUGCAUUGCACCCUUUCCACCGGCAAAAUGAGGAGAUUGAAGCGUUCGUACCAAGAUUUUUAUGAUCUUCAGGUUAAAUUGCUCGAUUCCUUUCCAGCUGAAUCUGGUAAAUUACGAGAUGCAAAUGGACAAUGGACGAAGCGUAUUAUGCCAUAUAUCCCUGGUCCAGUGCCUUACGUUACAGAUACCAUUACAAGAAAGAGAAAGGAGGACCUCAACGUAUAUGUGAAGGACCUGAUCAUGCUGCCGGACUAUAUCGCACAUUCUGACAUGGUAAGGCAUCUCUUCAGUCUAAGAAACAAUGGGUUCGACCACGAGCAGAAUAUGCCCCAAUACAACCUCAGCGAAAAGGAUGGAGAAACCGCGGUUUUCGGUAGUCAAGCUGAUGGACUUCCGCAGGCUCGACCAAACGAGGAUAAUACACUUACGGGUGAGGACCUGAAACUCUAUGAAAAACUUUCGGAACUUUCUUUAUCCAAGUCUAAACCACAUUCGCGACCUCCCAGCACUCAACCACCUGCAUUGAAGCCAACCAAAAUAAAAUUCUAUUACAAAGAUGAUAUUUUUGCACUCAUGUUGAAUAGCAAUAUAACGUAUGCUGAGCUGCGCAGCAAGAUUGCUCCGAGGAUCGACGUAGAGAAAUUCAAUCUGCAAGUUAAGUUGGCCGACGGUGCCAUCGAAGAUGUCACGACCGAUGCUCAGGUGGCGCAGAUAAUUCAAGCUAAACUCAAGAUAACAGUUUCGGACUCCUGA